AGGUGCAAAUUAAAAAUGGGAGCCGGAGGUAGUUUGGGAAACAAUUUAAAGUGUGAGGAACCACCGCCGUUACCACCACCGUUUUAUACCGGCAAUCGACGAACCCCCGAGAUAUCGAGGAUUUCUGCUAGUUCGUGUGAUUCUCAGGACGAUCGGAGAGCCAGCGGUGGAACGGGUACGAUUACUUUGGCAAAUGCUGAUGGAUUCCAGCGUUCAAGAUGCUCGGCUAAUACGAAAAACGAAGAAUGGUGCUGGCGGCAUCAUCGACGAGCCUCGGGAGAGAGCCUGUCUGGUUUACGUCCACAGCAAGAGACCUUGUUAACGUAUGCUGGAGAAAUGACGGGCUGGCAAUCGAGUUGGGAGAGCGGCGGGAUGCCGUCGAUGCAUCAAGAAGCGAUCGAAUUGUCGCGUACGGUAUCGCAUCUCGCAACUGCAAAUCAACAACUAGCUUCGGCCCACGCGACCCUUUUGGGCCAGUUGGAAUCGCUCUAUUUGGAAUUGAAUCGCGAGCGCGAAUUGCGAAAAGAGCGCGAUCGUGAGAGCACAACUGCGAGAAUAACGAGUUCGUCGAGCGAAUACGAAAAUGAGAGAGAAAAAGUGUGCGAACGCGUAGGAAAUUCGGAAUUUGCCGCUCGGAUUAUCCGGGAGGCUAAUUUCCGUUGUAAACAUUUUCGAUAUCCACUUCUAAAUGAAACACCGAAUAAAUCAUUUUCAACGAGAGAUAUCGGCGUUCAAAGCGCGACGGAUCUCGACGAUAGAUCAGCCGACGACCGCUUCGAGCAGGACGAGCCUCAUUAUCGUUUAUCCAGCGGUUUAACGAACGAUGAAAAAUCCUCAAAAUCAAACGUUAAUAAUGAUUUGAGUCUCGAGUACAAAAAAGCUGUUGACAGAAUUGAAAUGCUGGAGAACGAACUUACGAUAUCCUGCGUCAAUUCGAUACGCGAAAUUGAAGCCAAUGAAAUAAAUACAAGAUCAAAACGAUCGCUGAACGAGACUCGGCCCGCCGGCUUUGAUGAAUCAGACUCCAAAAACACCGAUCAGAAAAAAAAAUACGAAGUCGUUGAUACAAAAUGUGGAAAGGAUUUCGCUGAAUUGUUGCAAGAGGUCGAGAAACAGAGGAGCGAAAAGCUUCAUUAUCGCUCGAAAAAUGAAAAGCUCAUGGCUGAUCUUGAGAAUCGAAAUUUUUUGGUCGCAUCAUUGACAAGUAAUUGCGAAAAUUCUAGAUCGCAAUCGGAGAAACUCGAAUCCAAUAUGAUUGGACUAAAAAAACGAUUCGACGCUCUAAUUAUGGAGUACGAAAGUGGAAUAUUGGAAAAAACGAAAGUAUCGAAAGAGUUGAAAAUGUGCAAAUUCGAGAGAGACACAGCGAAUUUGAGAAUAGCCGAUCUUGAGAAAGAAUUGGCCAAGUUGAGUGCGGAGAGAAGCCGGAAGAUCGAGAAUGAAGAGAGCUCGAGACUGAAAGAAACGUUGUCGGAUGAAACAACGAGUCGGAAGGACGAAAAUGCGAGAGCGUUGGAAGAAGCGCUCGUGGAAAUUCAAAGACUGAAGGACCUUAUCGAGAACAGUGAAGACAGCCAAGAGACGAGAAGAGGGGGGGGAGCAGCAACGGUCACGGAAAAUGAAUCGAGUCCGGAGGAGGAGGAGGAGGAGGAGGAGGAGGAGACGAUUUCGGAUCCAGAAAUGAGGGUGGCUCGUACAAGCAACAUGGAAGAAUUUAGAAAAGAAUUGAGCUUGAAGAGAGAGGCAAGACAACGCGCGAUAGCAGCAGUCUCUUCGGAAAUGGAUCGGUUGAGACGAGAACUCGAUGCUGAGAAGGAAGCACAUUCGGAGACAUCGCGAGUUCUCGAUCUUCUCAAAUCGGGCCAAUCGAGGAAAGUCGCGACUAAGCACGAAGCGAUCGAUGAAGAUGUUCCAACUGGAUCAAAGGAGGAUUUGCGCGAUACGAAUGAUUGGCGGAAGAUAAUGAAAGCAGAUCCGAAACUCGACAACAACGAAGCAGAUGCGAAGGCCCUCACCGACAUUCUUAAGGUCUCGGACGAGCUUAAAACCAGCAUAAGACUGCAGACUGAAAAAAUUGAUGAUCUUCGUUAUCAUCUCGAGUGUGAAACGGAGGACCAUCAAAAUCGUAUCGCCAGUCUGAAAGAAAUAGCCAAAAUGAGUCGCGAAUCAUCGGGAUUGCGAGAACGCCAAACUAACAAAUUGAAAAAUCUUCUUGCUCAAAUAUUAACUCGUCUCGGUGAUCCGAGAUUUCGUGUUGACAUAAACGAUUACGUCAGAACCGAGCACGAUCGUCAGAUCGAAGACAUUACAAGAUUGAAAAGUCUUUACGACGAUCGUUUAAGGAUACUCGUUGAUUUGAGAGAAACGGCUACCAAGGAAUUGAAGGAUGUUAAAGAGAAGCUCAAAAUUUCUUGGAAAGAGAAUCGCGGCCUCGAGGAAGACUUGAAAAAAGCCGAAGAAAAGAUCGACUCCCAAGAUACCGAAAUUUCCAAUCUCGAAUCUCAACUCGGUCUGACCAAAGCCGACUGUCGCGAUCUUCAAAAUCAAAUGUCCGUGAUUAACGGGCUUUUCACUCAAAUGCUGCUCGGUGCCUCCUCAGCGGACAUGGAUCUUGAUCGAUUGACCCGAUUGUUACAGGAGAAUCACGAUUUAAUCAGUGAUAUGGCCCGCGAGGAAGGCACCGAAGCUGCGGCAUUACCAAAACUUUUGUUAGACAUUGUUGAGCAAGUGGAAGGACGCGGGGCUGGCAAGUCCGAGGAAGGAGAUAACGAAAAGAAAGAGGAGGAUCGUCAAGAGGAAAACAUUGCUCAUAAUUUGCCAAAGGUCUGGCGCGUCCUGUUGGAAUUGCUGAGCUGCCAUGCUGCCGAAUCGACACCCGUAACUCCUGCAUCUUUGUCCACGGAUCCAAACAGUUGUUACAAAUCGGUGGACACCCCAUCAGGCCCGAGACUCGUAAUAUCGGUCAGUAAGACUUACAUCCGUUUGAAGGAAUUGAUCUUGGAAAAGAAGCAUUUGGAGAAAGAGAUGAAUCGAAUGAAAACACUGAAUACACAUUUGGAGAGCAAACUCGGGGAGCAGGAAAAAAGAUUGUCGACCGUUUCGUCGGAGCUUAACAAAACUUGGAACAUCGUUGGUCGUAUGCAGGCCCAACAUCAACAAUUGCACACUCAUGAGAAAAUAUUGCGAUACGAGUUGCAACAGAAGAGGAAGAUGUUGCAAGAAUUGAAGCAGGAACUCGAAUAUUGUCGAGAAAAGUGGGAAUCGGCCAGGCAAAAAAAUACCAAUACGGAAAUGGAAUGGAGAAGUUUGAGACGGGAAUUCGCAGCAAGAAAAUCUCUCGUUGCUCAAGAUUCCUUCAACAAUAGUGCCGAGAGCGGUUUCAGCGAUGAAAGAGGAGAUGAUUCCGACGAGGAUGAAGAUGAGACUCUGGGUGAAAGGGUCAGAAUCGGACCGCGUAGACGAGCAAGAAAGGAGAAUCCGCGUGCGCCGAGUCCGGACACAGAAUCGGAACAACCGACGGACACGGAAUUAUCGGAAACAAAAACGACCCCGGAAACGAACGUAUCGACGGAAGACGUAUCGAUUGCGAGUACCAGCGAAAAUUAUUCAACCGACAAAUUGGGGAACGAAGAGUCAGCGGAAGUAGCGCGAAAAGACACCUCGGAGAAUUUGGGGGACGAAGGAACGGCCGAGCCAAUGAUAAAUAAAUUAGAUGAGGCACUGACAAACGUAAUACAGAAUCUGAUAAUCGUAGACCGAAGCAGCGACCAUUCGUCUCGCGUAUCAAUGUCCUCGUCGGAGAACGAAGAUGACGGCGGCGGGAUCGUUUCAUCGAGCCGACCGACGGUCCAAUCGAAACAGUCAGAAAAACAAUGUAAUAGCAAAUACAACGGCGACGAUAAACACGAGGGAAGAUCGGUAUUAAUUAUAAAUAACAAUCAAGCUACGGACUCGAACGAAUCAUCGAAACUUUCGGCGGAUAUCGAUACAACAACGAAUGUGUCAAAGGAUGAACCAUCGAUUUGCGCUUAUUCCAUCUUCUCGAUCGGACCUUUUCCAACCUCCGCGUCGGGCCCUGCUGCUUCGGCCAAAAGUGUACAGUUCAGCGAUCCUUUGAUCGUUGGCCCGUCAACGGCUCAGUCAGCACUGGCACCACUUUUCGGAGAAAGGGCAGUCCUUUCGGAAAUGAAGAAUCCUGAAAAAGCUGACGAAGGAUUCAUUGAUCGCAAUAUCGAGGAAGAAGUUUGUCAUAAUAUGGGGAAUCGCGUUGAUGCUUGUUCGAAGAAUUGUGAAGAGGCGAUCGGUGCGAAACAAGAGGAAUCAUCUUUGAAUCGAGUGCCGGUCGUUGGUGGUUGCCGAAUCGAUUCGUUGACGAACGAACGAGUUGAGACAAUUUGCGAUCCGACCAUUACGAUCUCAUCGCUGGUCGAUAAUAAUGAACAAACUAAAGAAAACGUUCGAGUCGAGAAUUACUUGGCCAGCUGUUCGAGCAAUCCCGAAGCAGGAACGAACGGAAAAAUAACGGAAAAUGAAUUACCGGCAGUCGUUGUGGCCGACUGCCCAUCGACUUGUAAAAAUGAAAUAAUUACAACCGCCGAAUCACCUUCCAAAGAUCCUCCUAGAAGCCACGAACAGGUUCUCGCUGCCAGAGCCGCCCGCCUCAAACGACUCGAAGAACAGGCCGAUUGGUUAAUGAAAAAAAUGAAUGCCACCAAUAGAAGGGGUUCCGCCCUGUGCAACAGGCUCGAAGAACUUCAUGAAGUCUACGGGGAAGCUCCGGUUCCACCUCCGAUGCCAGAUGUGCUGCCUACUCUCAGAAUACCUUUACAAAUGAGACAAGCUCAACAGGAACCAGAGGAUGAAACUAGGAUAAAGAGUAGCACGGACGAAAAACCCCCGCCGGAUUCUCCUUGAGAAUGAAUUUUCAUGUUAUUUGUGAGAACCGAAAGGUCGGGCGAUUGAUGGAAAAUAUAAACGAAUUUUGAACGAACUCAUGAAACUUAAUUUCAACGGGAAAGCAAGCUUCGAAUGCGAUCGCGAGGGCUCGAUAUAUUAUUCGUGCGUGGGAUAGACGAACAGCUGCGCUUCGUUCAUCGCCCAAAAGCACCUUUUUUGAGAACAAAUGUAUUUUACUUGCAUGAAAAAGAGUGUUGGAAAAACGAAGAGCAGAAAGUUUGCGGCAAGAGUCGUUUGAGGUAUUAACCGAACUACAGAAUAUUCAGAUUCUAAUGAAGAGUCUAAAAAAUCUGCGUUUCACAUUGAUAUAUACGGUUACUGCUGGAACUAUAAAAAUAAUUGUGUCGUUUGUAUUCGCAAAGACACGUUUCUCUUUAAUAUCAGAGUGUUGUUUCAUCGCGAAUCGAUAAAGGAGCUUUUCAUUAAUAAUAAACAUGUAAGUGCCAAAACCGACAGGCAAAAAUUUAUAACAUCGUCGUAACGACGGUUAAUAAAAAUACAUUUCCCUCCAAA